AGCACCUCUCGCAGCUCUUCUCCCACGCCGUGUCGGCCAGCGGGCAGCCCGUGGAGGACCCCAUGGAGAUCAUCAUCACCGUGACCGACCAGAACGACAACCGACCCGUCUUCACCAAGCAAGUCUUCAUAGGCUACAUCGAGGAGAACGCGAAGCCGGGCACAUCUGUGAUGACCGUCAACGCCACGGACGCGGACGAUGGGAUCAACGUGAACAACGGCAUCAUUGGCUACUCCAUCCUCAGCGAGGAGCCCAAGAGUGCACAACACAUGUUCACCAUCGACCCGGAGAAGGGCAUCAUCAGUGUCAUCGGCACCGGGCUGGACCGGGAGACGACUCCCAACUACACGCUGAUCAUCCAGGCCGCGGACCAGGAGGGCAACGGCCUGACCAACACUGCCACUGCCAUUGUGGAAGUCACCGACGCCAACGACAACCGUCCCAUCUUCAACCCCACCAUGUACGAGGGGACGGUGAACGAGAACGAGGUGGGGGUGGUGGUGGCCCGGCUGCACGUGACGGACCAGGACAUGCAGGGCUCUCCUGCCUGGCAAGCCGUCUACCGCAUCAAAAGCGGGGACCAGGAUGGUGAUUUCAGCAUCACCACUGACCCCAAAACCAACGACGGCAUCCUGAAAACCGCCAAGGGCCUGGAUUAUGAGACCAAGAGCCGGUACGACCUGGUGGUGACGGUGGAGAAUGCCGUCCCCUUCACCGUGCCACUGCCGCUCUCCACGGCCACUGUCCUGGUGAUGGUUGGGGACAUGAAUGAAGCCCCCAUCUUCGUGCCCCCAGUCAAGAGGGUGGAGGUGAUGGAGGACCUGCCACUGGGCCACCAGGUCACCUCCUACACGGCCCAGGACCCGGACAGGGAUCAGAGGCAGAAAAUCAUGUACCGCAUGGGCAGUGACCCCGCGGGGUGGCUGGCCAUCGACCCCGAGAAUGGCAUCGUCACGGUGGCCCAGCCGCUGGACCGGGAGUCGGUGCACGCCAUCAACAGCACCUACAAGGCCUUCGUCCUGGCCGUGGACAGCGGGUCGCCGGAUGCCACCGGCACGGGGACACUGCUCCUCCGUCUCCUGGACGUGAACGACAACGGGCCCAUGCCAGAGCCUCGGCUCUUCGACAUCUGCAACCGGCAGCCCGAGGAGCAGACGCUGAACAUCAUCGACAAGGAUCUGCCCCCCAACACGUACCCCUUCCACGCAGAGCUGCAGCACGGCUCCGGUACCAACUGGACUGUCAAGGUGACCAGACAAGACCUGCUGGUGCUGAGGCUGACGAAGGAGCUGGAGCCGGGGGAGUACAACAUCUUCCUCAAGCUGACGGACGCGCAGGGCAAGGCGCAGGUGACAACGGUCAAAGCUCAGGUGUGCGACUGCGAAGGGGCGGCCAAAAACUGCGAGCGGCGAGCGUUCAUCGCCAGCGGGCUGGGCGUCCCCGCCAUCCUGGGCAUCCUGGGGGGCAUCUUGGCGCUGCUGAUCCUGCUGCUGCUGCUGCUGCUCUUCGCCAGGCGGAGGAAGGUGGUGAAGGAGCCGCUGCUCCCGCCCGAGGACGACAUGCGGGACAACGUCUACCACUACGAUGAGGAGGGCGGCGGUGAGGAAGAUCAGGACUAUGACCUGAGCCAGCUGCACCGGGGGCUGGAAGCCCGCCCUGAGGUGAUCCGCAACGACGUGGCCCCCACCCUCAUGCCGGCCCCCCAGGGUGUUUCGGAAGCGGAGCGAGCGCGGUGCCGGGAGCUCCUGCGGCAUGUCCUGGACCGCGUCUACCAGCCGCUGGCGGUGCGGGAGCUGCUCGUCCUGCAGGGCCGACCCAAGCAGAGUCCUCCCUCUCCUGGGGAAGAAACAAAGCCGUGCCUUUCGCGGGCUCCGGCGUGGCUGCGGCGCCUCUGCGGUCAGCUGCUCUCCGAGAGGCUAAUGAGACCCAGCGGGGUUCAGGCUGUGGUUCGGGGCAUCAUGGAGGGAACAGGCGCAGGUGGUGCUGGUGCUGAAGCGGCAGCUGUGGACUGGAGAAAAUGCGACGCGGUUGCAAAGAUCCUGGCUUCCUGCCCGCAGCAGUGCCUUUCCCUCGAGGACUACUACAGCCUGGUGUGCCCCCAGAUUCUGGACUUGCUGCACAUCCAGGACAAACUGACAGCGCGCCAGUUCCAGCGAGUGGCCACCACGACGCUGCUCACCAUGGCGAAAGAGCACCCUCAGCUGGCAGAGAAGCACUUGCUCCAGCCCCUCUUGGCACCGCUCCUGCGGUGCUCCGAGACCCCAGAGCUAGCAGAGGAAGAGUUAUCAGCAGGGACCGUGCUGGUGACAGAGGCAGAGCUUGGCAGCUGUGUGGAAGAUGUGCUCAAGGUGUAUGUGGUUGGAAAUGACAGCUCAAGCCUGAUGCUGGGAUCCUUACAGUCAGUCCUGGGAGUGGUUUUUUCCCUCUAUUCCUUCGCCAAGCAGAAUGUGUCAUACUUACGCUCCCCGUGCCAGGAGAUCCUGCUGUGGUUCUUGGAGAAGUCGGAGCGAGAAGUGUCGCUGGCCGUGCUGGAAGGCAUCUCAGGGCUGAACAGCAGCGUGUGUGCCCUCCGCCCGCGGUGCCGCUUCCGCGCGGGCAGCGAGGGUGGUGCCACCGUUGUGGUGGAGGAGACCAUCAGUGAUGAGGAGGACGCCCUUUACCAGAAGGUUUCCUCAGAGCAGUGCCAUGUGGAGAACUUGGUGGAGCUCUUGUCGCACUGCCAGAAGAGCGGCCUGGCCGGAGACUUCUUCAUCCGCUGCCUGAAGGCGCUGACUCACGUGGCUGCGGAGGACGAGGCAGUUUCAGACUCGGCUGCGGUGCCAGGGGGGAGUCUCCUGGAGCUGGAGCAGUACCACGCCGGGCAGAGGAGGAAGCUGCUGGUCCUGCAGCUCGUGGCCACGCUGUGUGAGAACGUCUCGGACACCGUGUUCACAGACGUUGCUCAGGUGGAGGAGUUCGUGGCAGCCACGCUGCAGCGAGCCUGCGUCAGCCCGGCGCGAGGCCCCGGCGUGGCGGCGGAGGCGCAGACCCUCGCCAUGGCCAUGGGGCUCGUGGCCGCCAUGCUCGGCGGAGCCGUCCAGGUGAGGGGGCGCGGCCGGGGUGCUCAGCAGCCUCGGGGGGACAUGGUGGUCAAGCACCGGGAGCCGCUGGUCCAGGCCUUCCUGCGGGGCGCCCGGGACCCCGACAGCGCGCUGCGGGCCAGCAGCCUCUCCAACCUGGGCGAGCUCUGCCAGCGCCUCGGCUUCCAGCUGGGCUCCAUCGUCCAGGAGGUACCGGCACCGUCCUGGCACUGCAGGACCCUUCCCCGGGUCCCUGCCGGGGGAGCGCGGGGCCAUCGCUCGCUAAUGAGGGCGGUUCGUUAG